GUUAUACUGGAGUGAAAGAGAAAUGGGCAGCGAGGCAGAACACGUACGCAAACUAAUGCUUGAGAUCCUCGACUCGCCCGAAGCCCUGACAUGUGAUGCAAUACUCCUGUCGGGCGGACUGGACACGUCCAUCGCGUCGGAAGCAAUGCUAGCGCAGGCCAAGCACCGGGCGCAGCUCGCGCAUGGCCUCACAGCCCGGAUUUGUUUCCGCGAGCGCCCGAGGACAUCAAGUACGCGCAAAAGGAUUGCGUCCAAGCUUGGCCUCACGCACCACAAGCUGACGCCUUCAUUGGAGGACUUGCUGACCGGUGACACCAUGCGGCUAUGCGUUCGCGUGCUGCGCACAUUCGACGGCAUGGGGCUGCGCAACUCGGUAGUAAUUGCCUACGCUCUGCAGGUUGCCAAGCAGAUCGGCUGCCGCCGCAUCUGCACUGGUGACGGCGCCGACGAGCUCUUCGCCGGCUACUCGUUCAUGCACAAGAUGGAGGACACGGAUUUGCGCAAGUACACCGAGAACAUGCUUAGGACCAUGCAGUUCUGCGCGUUCCCCCUAGCCAAGGAGCUCGGCAUCCAAGGUCUGGUGUUACGGCAGGCGUUCCCCGAGGUUGUCUCGGCAGCUCGCGUGAAGGAGCCGAUUGAGGGGUUCAUUGCCCAGCGUAUUUCCGAUGGCCAGUUCGCCGAGGAGGCGAGGGAGGCCCUGGAAAAGUAUGAUAUUGUGGUGCGCGACAAGGAGCGGCUCGCGUACUUCCGCACAUUCAGAGCCGAGGUGCUGGGCCAGAUGAGCCGCUAUGGCUCGGAUGCAUGCCCGGACUGCAAAUUUAGGACUCCGUGAUGGCACCAGCUUCUGCAGUGUCUGUGGACUGUAUCCCGCGCGACCGAUUACCAAGGACUGAGGGGAGGGAAGAACAAUACUGUGACGC